CAUGCGCGUCUCUGCGGUGACUGAAAUAGCACUUGUCCGCCGGGUAGGGUGUUGCUUUUCCCUGUAACCCGACUCCGGUGAGGUCGCUCACGUCGUCUGUGCCGUCCACAGAUGUGCGCCGUUCUCAGAGCCCCAGCGAGAGGGUGAGUGCUCCCGGGCUGCCUGCCGCUGAACUUCACAACGAGGGAACUUAGAAACCGUCUCUGCUGUCGACGGACAGCAAAAUUGAGCUCUGGGGAAUACCUGCUGAAACCUACCUCUGUUGCUUCUUCUGCGGGGUCGGGAGAGAGUGGAGAACGGGGAAGAUUUUGUUUUUGACGUUUCGGUGGUUUAGCGUUCUCUGAGCGGGCGGACGGACCUCCUCUGACCAUGGUGGACGUGGUGUGGGCAGUGAGCAUGGCGGUGUGCGGGCUGGUCAUACUGACCAUGACCGUGUACUUCCAUCAGAAGAACCAGGCCGAGCUGGCGGCUGAGGAGGCGGAGAGGAAGAAGAAGCACGCCGCCGCCCUGGCGGCGACCAUGGGCGGGGGCGGAGGCGGGGGCGGGGGCGGGGGCAAGCAGCUGCACCUGAGCGCGGAGCAAAUCGAGCGGGACCUGGACCGGCUGUGUCUGCUCUUCAGCAUCUCCGCCGAGCCCGCUCGCAAGCGGGGUUCCCCGAAGCCGCCCCCAGAAGCACCAAAACCGGCUCCGGCUGCCCCCAAGGAGGUCCCAAAACCAGCCCCGGCUGCCCCCAAGGAGGUCCCAAAACCACCCCCGGCUGCUCCUAAGGAGGUUCCGAAACCACCCCCAGCUGCCCCUAAGGAGGUCCCGAAACCACCCCCGGCUGCCCCCAAAGAGGUUCCGAAACCUCCCCCGGCUGCCCCCAAGGAGGUCCCGAAACCACCCCCAGCUGCCCCUGAGGAGGUUCCUAAACUCCCAGAGGAGGUGACUGAGAAACCUGCGGAAGCCCCACCCCACCCCACCGAACCCUUGAGAAGCGAGCGCAAGUCCAGGGCGGAGGGCCCCAAGGAGAGUGAGCACAUCAAAUCAGAGAUUGAGCAAGCAGUACAGGAGACUCAGUAAACCACAGGACAGACCAGCGCUUCUCCCCAACUGGCAUCGGAUAAGCAGGGAAGACUCACCUCCUGGAGAAGUGAAUGAGCGAUCACUCACAGACAGACCCGCCGUUACGGCUGACCCAGAAAACGAGCAGGACAGCAACACGGGGAGAGUAACCGAGAGACCUCACCCUAACGCAGCCGGGGAAACAUCUCACACCUUAUUAAGCCUUCUCUAGAGAACUUCACAUCUUUACCUUACGAAAGCCCGACUGUCAGUACAAGCAGGUUUUUACAUCAUGUAACAUUAAAAAAUCAUGAGAUCGAGAGAUCAUGAGAUCAUUGUUUUCCCUCUUUCAUUUUUCACUUUUAAGUCAGAACACUUCACCACCCAUUGAAGAAGCUCAUGUCAAAUGCAGGUAUUUUAUAUGCCCCAAUGAUAAAUGUUUACUGUUAUUGUAAGCUAGCAGUUAACCAGAAAAUGAUUUUUAAAAAGAGUGAUGUUUGCAGGAAUGCUUCUGUGUACAUAAAUUAGACUGCAUCAUUUCAGGUCUCACUGGCAUGCAUCAGUUUGUCUUGCAUAAAAAACAAUUAAGCUAAUAAAGCCGUUUUCCCUGA